GCAGACGGUAUAAAUAUCUCAUGAAAGCAGAUCUCUUUUCAUCAAAACCCCCAUCUCUUCACUCCAUUUAUCAAUCUCCACACCAAAACCAUUUCCUGUUCCCAUCCACAAUAGAUCAACAAUAGCUCCUCCACCCCUCCUAGGCCCACCUGAGCUCGGCCACCCAACCACACCAAGGCCACAGCCCCAAACCACCACCAGCCCCUUCAUGGAUCUCAUGGUGGCCGAUUUCAACAAAGCAAAUAGCUUGCCUCCCAUGGGCUUCACCGAAAACGGUUCAGCCACUUUUCUUUCCUUAGGCAACCCUUGCCUCGACUUGUUUUUCCAUGUGGUCCUUGACACCCCACCCAAAUCCCUCAAAGAGAGGCUCUAUCUAGCCUGGGCCCACAACCCUUUGACCACUCUUAAACACAUCUGUAACCUACGCGGUGUACAUGGCACUAGGAAAUCUGACAAGGAAGGGUUUUAUACAGUAACGUUUUGGCUGCACAAGCACCAUCCCAAAACCCUUGCCUGCAACUUGGAUUCGUUUGCUGAUUUCGGCUAUUUCAAGGAUCUUCUUGAGAUUCUUUACCGCAUGCUUGAAGGUUCCGAUGUUAGGAAGAUUUAAAAGGAGGAGUGGAACUAGAGAAAAUUCAGUCUAAAAACUACAAGGCGCUUGAAAAAAACUAGGGGGCAGAAAUGUAGUGUACCCAAAAAAGUUAGAAUGUUAAAUGCUGUUGAAAUGGCUAAAAUUGAGAAGGCAAAUGCAAGUGCUUUAAGGAAAGAGAAGAAGAUUGCUAUGGCCAAAAAGGUUCUCGAGAGAUACUCACGUGACCCGGAUUUUAGAUUCCUAUACGAGCGUGUCUCUGAUCUUUUUGCCGAGUGUCUUAAGGCCGAUAUGGAGUCGAUGAAAUUUGGUCAAUCAAGGAAGGUUGGUCUUGCUGCUAAGUGGUGCCCUUCCAUUGACUCUUCUUUUGAUAAAUCUACUUUGCUUUGCGAAAGUAUUGCCAAAAAGAUGUUCCCUCAUGAGAACUACCCCGAAUAUGAAGGCAUCGAGGAAGCACAUUACGCUUACAGAGUUCGUGAUCGAUUGAGGAAAGAAGUGCUAGUGCCACUUCAUAAAGUUUUAGAAUUGCUAGAGGUGUAUAUUGGUGCAAACAAAUGGGAUUCAAUUCCCUACAACAAAGUAGCCUCUGUGGCUAUGACGUUUUACAAGGAAAAAUUUUUAAAGCAUGAUAAGUGGCGGUUUUCUAAGUAUUUGGAGGAUGUGAAGGCUGGGAAAUCCACAAUUGCGGCUGAUGCAUUGCUUCCUCAUGAAAUAAUCACCUCGUUGGAUGAUAACGAUGGUGGAGAUGUUCUAGAGCUUUAAUGGCAAAGAAUGGUUAAUGAUUUACUACAAAAGGGAAAGCUGAAAAACUGCAUGGCAGUUUGCGAUGUUUCUGGUAGCAUGAGUGGGAUAUCAAUGGAGGUUUCUGUUGCUUUGGGAGUAUUGGUGUCAGAGCUAAGCGAGGAGCCAUGGAAAGGGAAGCUUAUUACUUUCAGCAAAAAUCCUAAACUUCAAAAAGUUGAAAGUCAAAAUUUGAAGGAAAAAACUUGUUUCGUGAGGGGCAUGGCAUGGGGCAUGAACACUGAUUUUCAAAAAGUGUCUGAUCUUAUCUUAAAGGUUGCUGUCCGAGGCCAAUUGAAGCCAGAACAAACGAUUAAAAGGUUGUUUGUGUUUAGUGACAUGGAGUUUGAUGAAGCAUCAGCGUCUCCCUAAGAGACUGACUAUCAAGUUAUAGUGAGGAAGUUUACUGAGAAAGGGUAUGGCGACACGAUUCCACAAAUUGUCUUUUGGAAUUUGAGAGAUUCAAGGACUACACCAGUUCCCGGCAGUCAAAAUGGGGUGGCUUUGGUUAGUGGGUUUUCAAAGAAUUUGAUAAAGAUGUUAUUGGAUGAAGAUGGAGAUAUAAACCCUGAGGCUGUCAUGGAAGCUGCUAUUUCGGGUGAGGAGUAUCAGAAAUUGGUUGUUCUUGAUUGAAUUCAUUUGUUGUAAUUGGGAUGUUUACAUAGUAGUUCUGAAUUCUGACAAUGAUGAAAAAGUUGCUCUGUUAUUUUUUAUUGGAGCUCAGCUUAAUCU